AUGGGCGGCGUCCAGCGCUACCGCAGCGAAAUUUGUGCCGAGUUGGCGGGCGCCUAUGCAGAGAGCGCGGGGCGAAUGGGAGAUCUUUGUCUUUUGUCGGAGGGGGCAGCAGCCCGAAGAUUCCUUUUCAACGGACGCUUCGGCCUACAUCCAAGAACGUCCAGUGAGAUUGCCUUCAUCUGCUGGAAUGGCAAGGUUCCUAAGGUGACACAGCGUGCCCGGCUUUUCGUGGACCCUGGCUCACACAUCUAUUCAGAUGUGCUGAAUCGAGUACCGGUUGCACAGACAUCUGAGCUCAAUACCUGCACAGUGGCAGAGAGUGAGCAGAUUCAAUACCAGAUCUCAUCAGCAUUUCGCGAGUGUGAGGACUCAGGCAAUCAGCGAACCGAGGAGUGGAGGAUGUGGACCGUCGGUAUUUACUGCUUCCUAACUUGUGGCGAGAAGCUGCGGGCAGCGGUGCCAGAUCAUGAGCAAGCCAAAGAGGCUGCAGUGACUGCCGCGAUUCAGCUGGACCGUGACAAAGCCGAGAAGGUUCAGCACGACAUGGAGAGCGAGUUCAGCUUUGCAAAGAAGCUGUGCAAGAAGGAGGAGUCCGUGGUGUCCCUGCACGCGCAGCUGAAGGUGCACGAUGGUGAGCAUGCCCUUGUUUUCGAAGGAUCCUUUGCGUCGGGUAUCCUCGUCUCAAAGGACGCCGUGCAGACUCUGCCCACCUUCGAAGGUUCGGGGAUUUUGGUGAGAGCCCUGGCAGAUCUCGCGGGUGUUCUCUACCGGCGCAAGCGGGGCGAGGCGUUCACAGGGGCGGACGAGAAGAAGACGGGCAUCUCCCUUGUCUUCGGCUUCUGCUCCAAAGGCUCGCUGACGGACCGUGCGGCAGCUGCGCAGGCAUACCUGGAGGCUACCUCUGCGACGCGGCUUUGGCCGUCACUGGCUGACGCUGCCAAGCUCUACCAAGAGGCUGCCAAGCAUGUAGAUCAGCUGCAAGAGGAAGAUGACAAAGAGGAGCGUGAACCGGGACAGGUCCCUCUCAAGCGCUACAGGGGCAAGGGCUCCAGCCCAGCGGAAGAGUUCCUCACCGCCGCGAUGGACUUCUUUGCCACGGCGCUGCAGCAGUGCCGACGGGAAGUCGAAGACGAAGGAGACCUGGAGCCUCCAGAGGGCGAGCUUUCGAGUUUUGCAGGCGCGACGCUGCACGAGUUCCAUCUCGGCUCCCUGACGCUUCGCCUUAGUGUGGUGAGGCUUUGGAAGCAUGUCUUCUCCCAUUUCUCAAAGGAGAAGUUGCCUUUGAGUGAGCUCAAUGAUGAGACUUUCGGACGGAUAGUUUGGGCAAUCCAGGAUGCCUCCCUCGACAAGCGAUCCGAACGUUUGCGCCGGCCAGCGCUGGAGCUAGCGGCGAGCUUGGCGAAAGACGGCGCUGGCGGCAAAGAGGCCUUGCUGCGCGGCCUGGCCUUUGAAACGGCUGCUGCGGCCAAAGACUCCGCCGGAGGUGCAGCAGCACGAGCAGUUCCGAUGUCCCUGUGGCUGCAGAGGAUUGACCCUCUCACAGCCGAGCAGUGCGCAAGCGAGGUGGCAACACUUCGAUCGCUUGAGUGA